AACUUGCGCCCACCUGAGAGAGAACAGACGAGACCACUUUCAGAUCGGAGCAGCGUCUGCCGGCGUCUUUGAAACUAUGAUAUCAAUCAAGGUCACAGUGAUGGUGGCGACACUUGUUACUCUUUGCAUCCUGUCUACAGACACGCGCGCAGCGUACGUAAGUUGCUGUCGAAGAUACAUGGUUGGCAGGAUCCGGUUUCCAGAUAUCAAAGGCUUCUCAGUGCAGAAUAGCACAGAACUAUGUCCCAUCAGUGCUAUCAUUUUCCACACAACAAAAGGGAAAAGAUGUGCCGACCCUGCUCGAGAAUGGGUGAUGGACUACGUCAACCGAAUAGAAUAUAUGGCACUAAAAGUUCAUCAGAAGGCCCAAGAGAAGGAUUAGAGGUUCUGGAAGAAGAGGCUGCAGAGGACCCAAAGGCCAGCUACUCCAAACAGAAAAGGCUUUCCCGUUUAUAGCAUAGUGAAAACCUGCUUAAAACGCAACGCUGACAUCAUGAUGCUGUAAAACAAUGUAUAUACUGGCUCAGUUGUAAGAGCGCUGAAUGUAUUAUGUUCUUUAUAUUCCUGUACAUGUGUUUUUUGUACAUAUUUCACACAAAAUAAAGACGCGCUUCAGAAAAAAA